GGCAAAGCUGCCUUAAAUCGAUGGUGUUGGUUCUUCCCUUCCGGCGAAGCGGCGGAGGCAGGUUGCCGGGAGGAUUAGGAUCCAAGGGAGCGGGAAGGAGGACUCGGCGUUGGGAUUAAUCUCUUACUGUGUGGAGCUCGGCAUCUACAGAACGGAGAUCUUCCAACGGCGCUAAGGCGGGCGUGACCACUGAACGGAGGAAUUGUAUUCGGCAGCAGAGCUGAAUUUUUCACUUGCUGCCCUUCCCGGACAGCAAUGGAAACUGCCUCAGAUUCUUCUGUUGAACAACCAGCCUCUGACAAUGAUUCUGACACAGAGAGCAGAAUAGAUCCAGAUACCCAGGCCCUGGAGUAUGUUGAGCGUGUUCUUGGAACUUCAAGUCAAUCCAGGCAAGCAAUCCAGUGUCUACCUCCAGAGUCUCCCUCAAUAGAUGGUAGAGUCCGAACAUCAGACCUCAGAUCACCUCUAGAAUUGAAAAAAUCUGUUGCUGAAGAAAUUGCUUCCGGGCUGUUGUCUCUUCCUCUAGAGUUGAUUUUAGAAAUCUGUUCUUACCUGCAAGCCAGGUUUGUUUUGCACGUCCUUCCUUUAGUCUGCAAGACUCUGAGGGACAUUGUACAAGAUGAAGUCACUUGGAGAAUUCGACUUUUAAAAAGAAUUGGCAAUUGCUAUCCAGUUGUAGAAGCAGGUAAUGAUUUUAACUGGCCAACAGCUUGCAUUGAACUAGAGGAACACCUCCAACAAUGGGCAGAGAGUGGCAAAAACGCAGAGUAUUUUUCCCUUACUGAAGGGCACUUUGCUUCUGUUGAUUCUGUACUGCUCCUUCAGGGUGGGGAGCUGUGUAUUUCUGGCUCUCGAGACCGAAAUGUCAAUUUGUGGGAUCUAAGGCAGCUGGGCAAAGCACCAGAAAAAGUUCUAGUGAAAGUGCUGGGGACAGAGCGCAGUGGAACACACAAGGGGUGGGUUUGGUCCCUGGCUUCACGUUAUAACCAUGUAUGUUCAGGCUCCUGGGACAGCACAGUGAAGUUAUGGGAUAUGGCCGCUGAUGGAAAACAGUUUGGAGAAAUCAGUGAGAAAGCAGCUGUAUUGUGCCUUUCUUAUUUGCCUGACAUUUUGGCCAUAGGAACUUACGGCAAGAAAGUGUCAGUCUAUGAUCCACGAGCUGCUUAUGCCCCAGUGAUGAGCCGCAGGCUUCACUCCAAUGCAGUCCUAUCCCUUGUAGCUGAUGAACACUUCAUUAUCUCUGGCAGUGAGGAUCGAACGCUGGUAUGUUUUGACAGGCGGACCAAUAGUGUGCUUCAAAGGCUUCAGCUGGACACAUACUUAUUUUCCAUGUCGUACCAGGGUUCUCAACUAUGGGCUGGAGACAAUCGUGGAAUGUUGUAUGUCUUUGAGAACAAUGGAGGGCGUUUCAAGCACAUUCGGUAUUUUGAUGUCGGUCAUCGCUCUCAGAUCACUGGAGUCCAACACUCAUUGGGUGCACUGUAUACAACUUCCACUGACAAGACGUUCCGUAUACAUAUUCCUACAGAUCCACCAAAGGUCAUCUGCUCACAGACCCAUAGCUCUGUGCUAAAUGGGAUCACUGUUGAAGGAAAUAUGGCAGUAGCUGCCUCAGGUGGUUUGUCCUUGGAGGUUUGGAAACUCAGUGUUUGAUGACAAGUCACGGUGAUCCAUGCUCAGAAGUUCAGGAUCAUCAAGUACAGUGUAUUGGACAAUUAUUUCCUCAUAGGUUCCAGGGUCCUGAUGUCUGCUGAAUUGUUGUUGUUGUUUUUAAUAUGUUCUUUGGGGUUGAAUAGUCAAAUGUUGAAGCCUCAGCUUUGCUUCUCCCAGUAGGGAUAACACAGAGGUUUGUAUGGAGGCCAUCUGAUUCACAGUUGAACCUUAACCUUAACCUAACCCUUUCUUGCUGGCCAUUUCUCUCAUUUCACCUUGUAUGGCUGAAACAAGGUGAAAGGCGUGUACUCUUUCCAUCAUCUAGCUAGCCCCUUCGAGGUCUGCCCCACUCAACAUAUAGGAGCAGUGUCUUCUCUUUGGCUUGAUGGCUAAGAACUCAUUGGCUUACCAGGUAAAUAAGCAUAGGACUAAGCAUGAAAGGGUAAAUUAUGGGCAGAGGAGAGAGUGAUGGUUAGAGGGACUACCCAGCUAACUUGGCCUGAUGAAUGUUUACAUUUAAUUCAAAAUAUUCAGCCAUAAUGGCAGAUCAAGAGUUAUGUUGCCUUUUUCUCCCUUGUGGUAAGCAAAGUAUGUCUUAAAGCAUGUUUUUUUUUAAGGGAUUUGGUUUAGAAUUAAGAAAUGGAACCCACUAAGUAAGAUUAUAUAGCAAAUUUUGACUGUACAACCAUUUUUUCAAUUUUGUCAUUAUUAAAUUAUAACAAAAACAAGUUUUGAACAAGAUGAACUGUUUCUUCAAUGACAUAUGGCAAGCUUCACAUAUUGUGCUCAGCCAUAUGGUUUGGUUGGUUUUGUUUUAAUAUUAUGUAUGAACCAUAUCACAGUAUUUUAUAAAGCAUGGUUUGUAGUCCCGCAUUAUUGAAUUUGCUUUGAGGCUUAUUCAGUAAAUCAUGAUUACUAAAGUAAACCAUGGGUUAGCAUAAUGUGAAAAUCCAGAAUAUAGAUGGGCGCAACACAAAAUGACAAUUGUUGUAUUUUCAUUUAUGUUAUAUUUAUUUGUCAGUCCUUUGUCAUUUUAUAAUCAAGAAUCUAAGGACUGAUUAAAUUUGAGUGCAUUUGGAUAUAUGUACAUAAACUUGCUUUUGAAUUAUCCAACAAAGGCAAAUUGAUAAGUUAAAAUCCUUCCCUCUUAUUCUUGUUAUCUCUGAGAAUUAGAAAUGUUACUAACUCUGAGCUGGACAGUAUCAUUCUUUUCCUUCUAUGUAAUAGGGUUAUUAUAAAUACUCUAGAAUGAAUAGCAGGAAUAAUUGGAGUAACAAAUAUAAAAUACAAAACAAUAAUAUAUAAUUCCAUAAUAAAACAUUUUGACUUCUUAUGAGCAUCUUAGACACAUCAGUUUCUACUUUUUUCAUCAAAAUUCAGUAAUUUCAGUACUUAAUUUCCAGUUUGUUGAUUUUUUGAAGCAGGAGUUGAUAUUAGAAUGUAUAGUCAGAAAACAAUUCAAAAGGCUUAUUCCUUCAGUAAUAUAUGAUCUGUAUUAUUUAUAAGGCUGAAGCUGGAGUUAUUAUUGAGUGAGCAGAUUGAAAAGCACACUAUAUGGAUCUCACCUUCCACAAGAACCACCUGGAAUUGGUGUGGUAAUAAUAAAUAUCCCCCUCUCCUCAUAUACACAAUAUCAGUUUGGAGUCAGGCAACACAAAAAAUGAACCAAAUA